AAACUCCUUUCCGUGCUACGUGGGUGCAGUGGGCGGUGGCUCGGCGGGCGCCCUGUUGGCCAACCGCCUGUCCUCGAGGCCCGAGCUGAGGGUGCUCCUCGUCGAGGCCGGCGGCGUCGAGAAUACGCUGACCGAUGUGCCGCUCAUGGCCUCCCUAAACCUCCGAGGACCGCUGGACUGGGACUUCUGGACGGAGCCCCAGAGGAACGCCUGCCUGGCUCUCAAGAACAAGAAAAGUCCGUGGCCUCGGGGCAAGGUGCUGGGAGGCUGCAGCGCUAUCAACUUCAUGCUGUACGUUCGGGGAAAUCCUCACGACUACGACCUGUGGAGCUCGGACCACGGCGCCGAAGGGUGGGACUUCGACUCCGUCUUGCCGUUCUUCAAGAAGUUCGAGGCACAGACCAACGCUGCACUGGCGGCCACCGACAUGUACGGCACGUCCGGAGAGCUGACCCUGUCCAGCGCGGAGUCCCACACGGAGCUGGCCAAGGCCUUCUUGGCAGCGGGCAAGGAACUCGGCUAUGACAUCGUCGACUACAACGGAGGGCAACAGAUCGGGUUCUCAGCCUUCCAGACGACCACGCGGAAAGGCGCUCGCCUGAGCUCGGCCAGCGCCUUCCUCAAGCCCGUGGCCGGACCCGCCGGAAGGAACAACCUGCACGUCGCAUUGUCCUCCAGGGCCACAAAGGUGAUUCCGUCAAAUGCAUUACUCGCCAUUAACAAAAAAAUCUAG